CUCCAGCAUGUUGUGUUGACCUCGUUGACCAUGCGUUGCCCACAGUGGAAUGGACAUCCACAUUCUAAUAUCAGACAAACUGUGCCGUGAUUUCAUCCCAAGAUGAAGGGAAGACACAGGAUUGUACUGAUCCUACUUCUCCAGACAGCAAUGAUGGAGGAGUUCUAUGUGAUUGUGCCGGACUAUCCGGUGGUGGCCAUGGUGGGUGAAGAUGCCCUAUUGGAAUGUCAGAAGGUACCGGAUACAUCACUGGACGCUCUGGAGGUCCGAUGGUUUACAACGAGCCCGGAGUCACCGGUACAUUUAUACACCAGCGGCCAGGACAGAGCUGAGGUGCAGGACGAGGCUUAUCGAGGGAGGACGGAACUCUUUCGGGAAGAGUUUCCCCAUGGAAACGCCUCGCUUAAACUGAAGAGGGUCAAAGUAUCAGAUGCUGGAAUGUACACGUGUUCCAUCAGCACCCCCACGUCCCGUCAGCAGGAGGCGCUGCGGCUGCAGGUUGAAGGGGAGUUCUAUGUGAUUGUGCCGGACUAUCCGGUGGUGGCCAUGGUGGGUGAAGAUGCCCUAUUGGAAUGUCAGAAGGUACCGGAUACAUCACUGGAUGCUCUGGAGGUCCGAUGGUUUACAACGAGCCCGGAGUCACCGGUACAUUUAUACACCAGCGGCCAGGACAGAGCUGAGGUGCAGGACGAGGCUUAUCGAGGGAGGACGGAACUCUUUCGGGAAGAGUUUCCCCAUGGAAACGCAUCGCUUAAACUGAAGAGGGUCAAAGUAUCAGAUGCCGGAAUGUACACGUGUUCCAUCAGCACCCCCACGUCCCGUCAGCAGGAGGCGCUGCGGCUGCAGGUUGAAGAGGAGUUCUAUGUGAUUGUGCCGGACUAUCCGGUGGUGGCCAUGGUGGGUGAAGAUGCCCUAUUGGAAUGUCAGAAGGUACCGGAUACAUCACUGGACGCUCUGGAGGUCCGAUGGUUUACAACGAGCCCGGAGUCAAUGGUACAUUUAUACACCAACGGCCAGGACAGAGCUGAGGUGCAGGACGAGGCUUAUCGAGGGAGGACGGAACUCUUUCGGGAAGAGUUUCCCCAUGGAAACGCCUCGCUUAAACUGAAGAGGGUCAAAGUAUCAGAUGCUGGAAUGUACACGUGUUCCAUCAGCACCCCCACGUCCCAUCAGCAGGAGGCGCUGCGGCUGCAGGUUGAAGGAUUUGGACUCCGGCCCUGGAUCCGCUUGGAGGAAAGCACCACACAAGGAGUACGUGUGGUGUGUAAGUCGGAUGGAUGGUUUCCCAAGCCGGAGAUACGGUGGCUGGAUGGGAGUGGACAAGAUGUAACAGAACGGUCUGACACAUUGUUUACUGAGAAUCCCAGCGGGAUGUUCACUGUCCACAGUCACAUCGAUGUCACAAGUGAUUCUGUGAACAGGUAUUCCUGUUACAUAUGGAGUAAAAUGCUGGGGAAAACACGAGAGACCCAUCUCCAGAUAUCAGAUGAGUUAUUUCCUAAAACCAACCCUUGGCUGCUGGUUUUCUGGUUGUUUGUGGCCCUCGUGGUUACGGCUGCUGCUUUCAAUAUAAUGUUGCACAGAAAAGAAGAUAGAAUGAUUAAAGAACUGCAGCUGUUUCUCUCUAUGGAAGGAUACGAGGAUGUGGAACGAGAUUGUGUCUCCGUCACCCUGGAUGUGGAAACAGCGCAUCCGGAGCUCGAGGUGUCUGAGGAUCGGAAGAGGGUGAGAUGGACCGGGACCGUGAGGCGUCUCCCUGACACCUGGAAGAGGUUUACACACUGGGCGUGUGUGCUGGGAUCGGAGGGAUUCACAUCGGGGAGACAUUACUGGGAGGUGGAGGUGGCGGGGAGUCGGGACUGGAGACUGGGAGUCGCCGCAGAGUCUGUGGAGAGGAAGAGGUGGAUCACACUGAGCCCGGAGACUGGAGUCUGGAGCAUCGAGCUGUGGGAUGCAUUCACAUCCCCUCUAUCCUGUCUCCCCGCCCGUCCCAUCCCCAGGAGGGUGGGAGUUUAUCUCAGUUACGAGUCCGGGACAGUUUCAUUUUACGACGCGGACACCAAGUCCAUUCUCCACACCUUCACUGGGAAUAAAUUC